UGAUGGAGGUUCUACCUGAUGGAGGUUCUGCCUGAUGGAGGUUCUGCCUGAUGGAGGUUCUACCUGAUGGUGGCUCAUCUAAGGUUCCUUCCCAUCUCAUAAAGAGAUCUCCUCAAGCUGGAGAGCUUUCCUAGUGCACGUAAACGCAACACAGCAGUGACGUCAGCCUUCUCGCAGCUCCGCUAGAAUAAAACUGGUCUAUUGAAGUAUGAUUCUCUCUCUAAGAGCCGACGCCAACACAAAUGUCGUUGCCAUAGCAACCCAACGCGAGUGGUCAGAAGAGGAGCCUGGUCUCUGUCUGUGUCCCCUGCGGAUCAAUAGUCGUCAUCGAUGACAUUUUACUGCACUAAAGUAUCGACCAGUGUUCACAUCGUGGUGUCUCUGGGCUCUCAUGUCGGGCCGCGGCUCUCCGCUCGUCGUGGGCUCGAUCCUAGCGGUUCUCUGACGGUCCGCUCCUAGGUAGUACCCCCCCGGUUCGGUAGGGAUGCUGCGGUUCUGGCUUCGAGCGGCGGCGCUUCUCUGGCUGGCCCCCGGGUGUCUCGGCACGGCAGCCCGGUUGUACAGGGAGGAGGACCCGCUGGUGAUCCUCAGCGGCCGCAGCCUGCAGCCCGCCGUGCAGAACUCGUCGUCGGCCUGGCUGGUCCAGUUCUACUCGUCCUGGUGCGGACACUGCAUCCAGUACUCCGGCACCUGGAAGGCUCUGGCUCAGGACGUCAAAGACUGGCGUCCUGUCUUCAGCGUGGGGGUGCUGGACUGCGCUCAAGAAGACAACUUUGACGUCUGUAAAGAAUUCGGCAUCAAGUUCUACCCGACAUUCCGAUACUUCCAUGCUCACAGUCCAGGGACAGACAAAGGGACGUCCUACAGAGGUGCAGACCAAGAGGUCCAGUCAGUGAGACAGUUAAUGGUCCAAAUCCUGCAGAACCACACCAAGGCCGACUGGCCGGACCAGUGUCCUUCGCUGGAGCUAUACAGUUCUGAAGAGCUGCUCCCUCUGCUGGGUCAAAGGUCAGACCACUACACUGCCAUCAUCAUAGAGGAGCCUGACUCCUACGUAGGGCGAGAGGUGGCCCUGGACCUGCUCCAGUUCUCCGGGGUGGAGGUGAAGAGAGCUCUGAGCUCUGAUCUCCGUUUGCUGGAUGUUCUGAAGGUCUCAACCUUCCCCUCAGUGUACCUGCUGCAGCCCAACGGCACACACACACACUUGCAUGUUGAGAAGCGCCUGAGGUUCUUCUUCUCCUCCUUGUUGAGGAGCUUACCAGGAGUGCAGCUGAGGUGGAGGUCUGAUGGUACCGGUGGAGACCUAAUGGCAGCGCAGGAGAACAAGCGGAGCAGUGAGACCUGGAGGGACCUGGACCGGUCAAAGGUUUAUGCGGCUGAUCUGGAGUCAGCGCUCCACUACCUGCUGAGAGUCGAGCUGGCUUCCCACAACACCUUGGAAGGGGAGGAGCUACAGGUCUUCAAGGACUUUGUUACUCUGGUUGCUAAGCUGUAUCCAGGUGGAGGUUCUGUGGUGAAGCUGAUGGAGACGCUCUCUGAUUGGCUGCUCAGUCUGCCUCUUCCACAAAUCCCUUACCAGGCCGUGCUGGACCUGGUAGACAACAAGAUGAGGAUCUCCGGCGUGUUCCUCGGUGCAGAGCUGCGCUGGGUUGGUUGCCAGGGCAGCAGGGCGGGGCUUAGAGGUUACCCGUGCUCUCUAUGGACUCUGUUCCACGUCCUGACCAUCCAGCAUGAGGCCACGCCCACUGCCCUGGACAACACAGGUCUGGAGGCCAAAGCGUCCCCGGUGCUGCAGGUGAUGCGUCGUUACAUCUCCACGUUCUUCGGUUGUGAGGAAUGUGGUCGACAUUUUGAAGAAGCAGCUUCUAACACUGUGGAGACAGUCCACAACCCAAAGGAGCAGGUCCUCUGGUUGUGGACCCAACACAACCUGGUCAACUCAAGACUGGCAGGCUCUCUUAGCGAUGACCCCCUCUUCCCUAAAGCUCCGUGGCCGAGCCCCUCCCUCUGCGCCUCCUGCCACGAGGAGAAACACGGCGUCCACGUGUGGAACCUGGACCAGGUCCUCAUCUUCCUCAGGCACCACUACGGCGCCGCCAACAUCUCCCCGAAAUACUCGCUGACUCCCCCACUACUCCACGCACCCCCUGCCGAUCCAAAUCCUCAUCCUCAGCCCAAUCCGGAUCCAGUACCGGCCAGCCAGCCAGAGCCAGAGCCAGGAGGAGGAGUGAAGGAGGCCAAGAAGCAGCUGGAGCUGGGACACCAGGCUCUGGGUGGGGAGAAGGUUCUGGUUCUGGGAGGAGGACAAGGCGGGGUUUGGAUUUUGGGUCUGGGUUUCAACAGCGUGGACAUGAGUCUGUGUGUGGUUCUGUACGUCUGCUCCUGCCUCGUCCUCAUGCUCCUCUUCUUCUUCUUCAAAGUCCGGUCCAGGAGGUGGAAGCUGCGACACACCCGCCUGCCCAUCUGAGCGGGUCUGAGGGUCACCUGGACCUGCACCUCUGGACCCUCAUGUGCCAUGUUUUGCAUUUUAAAAAGCUAGUUGGGGUUUCUGUAUUUAUAGAAUCUAUUUUGACCAUGUGACCUUUGAACAUGUGCCCAUGUGAUGAAAGUCAUGUGACUUUCAUCAGGAAGUCUCAUCUUUAAUAUCUGAUGAGCAUUUUUAUCCAGAAGUCAUCAUUUAAAGAGAAUCUUUAUCUGAUAAAAUGUUCAAAUGUUUUUAAACAUGAGCAAAGAAAUAGAAAAUGUUUUUUAAAUGUAUUUUUUCUUUAAUUGAUUUCAAAUGUUUAAUUUGACCAUUUAAACAUAUUAUCAAUUCAAUACGAAUUACUUAGAAAUUAUUCAUAGAUUAUAAAUUGGUAGCUGAAAUCAAAAAAAAAUUUGAGCAUUAAAUGUAUUCAGCUGCAAAAAGCUUAACCCUAAAAAUGGAUUAUUACAUUUAUUUAGUUUAUUUGAAUUGAAGUGUAACUCUUCUCUCCGAUGGGACCUGAACGCACCGUCCGACCUGCUCCUUCCUUUGGUUCUCAUCGGUUUCAAUGAGAUUUGUAAAUAAUCCGUCUGAAUAAAUCCGGUUGCAAAUCAA